AGCUGUUCUCAGUGAUGAGUAAAGAAUUAGAAGUCCAUGUCCUAAAAUCUCAUACUGCUGCUGUAAACACUGUUUCAUUUUUUGAUAAUGAUCAGAAAUUUGUUGCUGCUGGAGAUGAUUGUUGUUUGAGUGGAUGGGAUGUAGAUGAAAGAAAAUGCAUCUUCAAGUUGAAGGGCCAUGAAGGCCCAGUGAAAGCUUGUGCAACUUCACCAACAGGUUCCAAAAUUGUGAGUGGUUCUUGGGACAGAACUGUGCGGAUAUGGGAUGGCUCUUCCACAAACUGCCUGUGGACUCUUCAACAUGAGGCUUUAGUCUUAGGAGUAAGCUUUUCUGAAGAAUCUUCGCUAAUCACUGUCUGUUGUGAUGAUAAACAGACCAAAGUAUGGGACAUGAGAUCUUAUGAAAAUGUGAUGACCUUAACUGGUCACACUAAUUCUGUAACCUGCUGCGCCCAGAACAACUUCACAUUAGCAACAGGAAGUUUUGACAAGACAAUCCGCCUUUCUGAUAUGCGAACUGGGAGUACCCUUUUGCUUUUAACUGGACAUACUUCUGCUGUUUCAGCUGUUGACAUCUCUUCAGAGGGAUUCAAACUUUGUUCAGGGAGUUGGGACAAGACAGUGCGAGUAUGGGAUGUCCACGCAGGAACUUACCGAACACAAGGACCGCGUGUCAUGUAUGAACAUGAAGGUUGUGUGAGUUCUUGUAAAUUUGCGGUGGACAAUAAGAAGAUUGUUAGUGCAGGGUAUGAUAAAACCGUUAUUAUCUGGGAUGCGUUGGCAACCCAAAAACGACAUCAGAUUCGGGCACACGGGUCCUGGAUCAACGACAUUGCUAUGACAGCAGAUGGAAAGUGUCUUCUUUCUUGCAGCAAAGACAGAACAAUCCGAAUGUGGAAUGUUGAAAAUGCUGAUAAGAUGCCUGUAGUCUUACACAAUAAACUGUCGAUGGGUUACAAAUUCCAAGAAUGUGUGGACUGUCAGAGAACAUUUAAGGUUGAGAAGCGGGAUCUUAUAGAGGUGGGAGAAGAAUACACAAAAUGUGUUUACUGUCGGAUGCCAACCAGAUCCUAUCACAGACUCUCUGAACAGGAUCUGAUUGUCACUGAAACAGACGAUGAAGUGGGCAACAUUGCAAAAAGUGAUGCACCAGCUCUUGAAACUAUGGUCUCUGCGUGAGUUUAUAAAACAAUCAGAAUAUUUAAAAGGAAUGUUAUGUUUUUAUAGAAUUGUAUCAGAAUAAUUUAUUUGUAAAUAGUGUAAAUGAUAUGUACUAAAGAAGUUGAGUAUGCCCAUACCUUUCAGCCACAGUAAUCAUUGUAAAUAAUUUAAAUUUUUAUACACAGUGCAUUAGUCACUUCCUA